AUUAAAAUGAUGAUAGGGGGCAUUGAGAUACGAGAAUUUGUUGUUCUAUCAGAUCGUGCUCAGAAGCUUGAAGAAGUAUAUAAUAAAAAGAUGCAACGAGAUAGAAGAAGUAAAGAAUCUUUCAAAAGAAGUGCAUCUAAGUCAUUAUCGGCUUUACCAGUGAAGAAAUCUAAAGAGGAAUUCAGUCGAGCCACUUCAGUACCAGAAAGAUCAGGAAAAAGUAGGCCAAGACAAUCUGAUUACAAAGCAUCUGACAGACCUGCUGUUAGUGUGGGUAGUGUACAAAAUACCCAAAGGCCCAAGUGUCAACAUUGUGGAAGAAGUCACCCCGGUGAAUGUAGAAGUAAAUUAGGGGCUUGUUAUAAAUGUGGGGCCACUGAUCACUUUAUUCGUGAUUGUCCCCAAUUACAAGUAGAAGAAGUGGAACAGAGGGAGAAACCGAAAAUUCUUCCUCAAAAAGGAAGACGCUCUGGUCAGAGCAGUGCUACAGGGGCUACUCGUUCGGGUAUGAAAGAUACUACUAGCCGAUCAGAAGUUAGGGCUCCUGCUCGUACUUAUGCCAUUCGAGCGAGAGAAGAAGCAACAGCUCCAGAUGUAAUUGCUGAUCAAGAAAACGAACUGAAUCGUGGAAAGGAGAAAAUUUAAGAAUAGUCCUUGAAUUUCUACGACUUUUACAAAUUAGUCCAGAUUGACUUGAAGUGAAGUGGGUAGAUCGGAUC